UAUCGAUUGCAAGAGUCAUCGAAACCGCUAUGAGUUUGUACGAUUGAAAGUUGGAGUUUUAUCCGCGUUUUUCGAAGCCUUUCCGCGUACUUAGCUGCCCCACUGUACAGCUGCCUCAAGAUGCGUCCAUUCUCCGGCAGCGACUGCAUCAAACCCGUCACCGAGGGCAUCAACCGGGCCUUCGGCGCCAAGGAGCCCUGGCAGGUGGCCACCAUCACGGCCACCACGGUCCUGGGAGGCGUCUGGCUCUGGACAGUGAUCUGCCAGGAUGAAAGUCUUUACAUCCGUGGCAAGCGUCAGUUCUUCAAGUACGCCAAGAAGAUUCCCGCCGUGCGUCGUCAGGUGGAGACCGAGUUGGCCAAGGCCAAGAACGACUUCGAGACGGAAAUCAAGAAGAGCAACGCCCACCUCACCUACGUGGAGACUCUGCCCGAGAAGGGACUCAGCAAGGAGGAGAUCCUUCGACUGGUGGAUGAGCACCUGAAGACCGGCCACUACAACUGGCGGGAUGGCCGGGUAUCCGGCGCCGUCUACGGCUACAAGCCCGAGCUGGUGGAGCUGGUCACUGAGGUCUACGGCAAGGCCUCCUACACGAAUCCCCUGCACGCUGACCUCUUCCCGGGCGUGUGCAAAAUGGAGGCUGAAGUCGUGCGCAUGGCGUGCAACCUCUUCCACGGAAACUCCGCCAGCUGCGGCACAAUGACCACCGGCGGCACCGAGUCCAUCGUGAUGGCAAUGAAGGCCUACAGGGACUACGCAAGGGAGCACAAGGGGAUCACCCAGCCAAACAUCGUGGUGCCGAAGACAGUGCACGCUGCCUUCGACAAAGGCGGUCAGUACUUCAACAUCCAUGUGCGCUCCGUGGAUGUGGAUCCAGAGACCUACGAAGUGGACAUCAAGAAGUUCAAGCGUGCCAUUAACAGGAACACUAUUCUGCUGGUUGGCUCCGCACCCAACUUCCCCUAUGGAACCAUCGAUGACAUCGAAGCCAUCGCCGCUCUGGGCGUGAAAUACGAUAUUCCCGUGCACGUGGACGCCUGCCUGGGCAGCUUUGUGGUGGCCCUGGUCCGCAACGCCGGCUACAAGCUGCGUCCCUUCGACUUCGAAGUCAAGGGAGUGACCAGUAUCUCCGCUGACACCCACAAGUACGGGUUCGCGCCAAAGGGAUCGUCAGUGAUCCUUUACUCGGACAAGAAGUACAAGGACCACCAGUUCACCGUGACCACCGACUGGCCCGGUGGCGUGUACGGCUCUCCCACCGUGAACGGCUCCCGUGCUGGAGGCAUCAUCGCCGCCUGCUGGGCCACCAUGAUGAGCUUUGGCUAUGAUGGCUAUCUGGAAGCCACUAAGCGCAUUGUGGACACGGCUCGUUACAUCGAAAGGGGCGUUCGCGACAUCAAUGGCAUCUUUGUGUUCGGCAAGCCAGCCACUUCGGUGAUUGCCCUGGGCUCCAAUGUUUUCGACAUUUUCCGGCUGUCGGACUCGCUGUGCAAACUGGGAUGGAACUUGAACGCCCUGCAAUUUCCCUCUGGCAUCCACAUCUGCGUGACGGACAUGCACACACAGCCCGGAGUGGCGGAAAAAUUCAUUGCCGAUGUGCGCAGCUGCACGGCGGAGAUCAUGAAGGAUCCCGGCCACCCGGUGGAAGGAAAGAUGGCCCUCUACGGCAUGGCCCAGAGCAUACCCGACCGCUCGGUGAUCGGAGAAGUGACGCGCCUCUUCCUGCACUCCAUGUACUACACGCCCAGCCAGAAAUAGACACCUGGGGCAAGCCCCUCACUCUGCGCCCACCCCACGGAGCUGAUGCGUUUCCUGUGCCGUAUUCAAACCACCAAAACACCCCGCUGUUAACCUUCCUCAAGCAAAUCAUUCUAGCCUGCAUUUAGUGCUGUAACCGAGGGUACAAACGUCGUCCUACGCCUAAAGGAUCUAUGUGCAUCCCGUAUAUCAACAUUUGUCGCUCUUGGAGCCCUGUUAUUGAAGUGUGUUUCUGUGUAACUUGCUAGUGAAAUAAUAAAUAAUAUUAAUCAAUUUUGUACUCUAAACUAAA